GACGAAUCGGGUCAAGAACAACAACAUUGCUAAUUUCGGCCCAUUUCAUCCUGCAUCAAGCCUGGCCCUUUCCAUGGGACGGUCGCUGUGCCUCGCCGCCCUUGUCGCCGCCGCCGCCGGGGCCGCGGCCGUCCUCUCAGGGCUGCUCUACAGGCGCAAAUGCGACCACUUGGCCGCGCGGGUCCGGGAGCUAGAGGACUCCCUGGCCAACGCCGUGGAGAAGGCUGCAGCAGAGCGCCGCGGCAGGAUACGAACUCAGCAGUCAUUACGGAGGGCUCUGAGCGAGCAGGAGGCGAGCCCGGGUUUGGUGAAGCCGGCCAAAGCGCCAGCAUCGUACCCAAUGGCGCCGAUAGGCACUGUGCAGUCCUGCUUCUCCACUAGGAACGGUACGCCGAGACAGCCUUUGGUGGUGCCUCUGGCAAGAGCAACUGUGGCGAUUAAUCCAGCCCGUGUCGCAGCUGAAGCGCUAGAGGGGCUCGCUACUUACUCGCAUUGCUGGAUCCUCUAUGUGUUCCAUCUGAACACUGAUCUUGAGAAAAUGUGGAAAGACCCUGCUAGGUCCAAGCUAAAAGCAAAGGUGAGAGUACCUAGACUGAAAGGGGGCAAGAUGGGGGUUUUGGCAACUAGAUCUCCGCAUCGCCCUAAUCCAAUUGGACUCAGUGUAGCAAAGGUAGAGGCAGUGGCUGGACAUGCAAUUUUGCUUUCUGGAGUAGAUUUGGUUGAUGGCACGCCUGUACUUGAUAUUAAACCAUAUGUGCCAUAUUCUGACAGUAUUAAAGGUGCGGUCAUUCCUAAUUGGUUAGAGGUUGAUGGUGCAUUAGCUGUGGGGUCUAUUCACUUUUCUGAGAAUUUCAUUCCUUCACUUUCCAACUGCUGGGUGCAUGUACAAAAGCAGGCGCUCUAUGCCUCAGCAGAUGAGUUUCAGGAUCUGAUCAAGGAGGUGCUCUCCUGGGACAUCAGAUCAUUGUCUCAGCGAGUCCGCCCUCACCAAGUGACCAUGGAAGGCGAGGGUGAUAAUUACGGUAGCAAAGCUGACAACGAUCGCAGAAACAAAGAAAAAUACCGGGCUGCUGAGUCAUGCCUCGUCGUUGUUUACCACCUUCAUCUAGAAGGAAUUGAUGUUUCAUACAGAAUCGAUGAUAACUCCAAUAUUGUUGUCGACAAUGCUGCCCUUCUUCCCAGUGCUACGAACGAAAGACGCUUUAGCUACCUAACAUGGAGGGAUAAACUUAGCACUUUGUAGGAGAGUAGUAUGUGAAUCUUUUGGUAAUUCAUAAGAGCACAAUGCUGUAAAAUAUUAUGAGGCUGAUGAAUUUGAUAGUAAGCUGACUUACUCGGUCACCUAACUUGUAGAGUCUAUUUAUCUUUGUAUCAUUGUAUGUGUCUCUUUUCAUGUAUAUUGUCUUGAAAACUAAGCUGCUGCCAAGUAGAAAGUUAAAGAGAAGUCAUAGUCAUAGUAUGAAAAGUCAGAGAGUUAUCAUGGAAGUGUGGGAAUUAAGGAUAACUACUUAAGCAAAUUUGAUAUCUUCAAUGCUGAGCAGCUAGGUGGUGUCCACUAUCCAGGUCAAGUUCCUGUAAGAAUGUAUGCAUUGGUGGAUUCUUUUUAUAUGGGUGCUACUAGGUAUCAGCAUCAGCUAGGAUGCACACUAUCAUUGAGGAGCUCGCUGGAGUAAAUGCUCUGUCUGGGUCUCAUAUGGGAGUUAUGGCACAAUUGAACAUGCUAGAAAAA